AUGAGCGAAUUCAAGCAUCAGUCUGUGGUUAUCAUCGGCGCCGGCAUAUUCGGCCUGUCAACAGCCCUCGCAAUAGCCGACCGUCAUCCUGCCACACAAAUCACCAUUGUCGAUCGGGCUACGCCUCCUGUUGAGGAUGGAAGUAGCGUGGACACUACAAGAUGCAUACGCGCGGACUAUGCGGAUCCAAUGUAUGCUAAAUUGGCCGAGGAAGCUCAACAUGAAUUCGAAAAUGAUCCAGAAUUGAGUAAGCACUACUUCAAACAAGGCAUGUCGUUCGUGACAGAUGGAGAACCUGGACCCAUGCUUGAUGUUUGGAGCCGUGGUCUUGUGAAUAUUAAAGCAAACCCCUCUGUUCUGAUCCAGACAGAAACUCCAAAAGCCGUCUACCAACAAAUCCAUGGUAAAGGCGCCGAGAUUGUUCCACUGAAGGAUCUGACGCGGCCAAGAAAGUGGAAUCGGGGCUACUGCAACUUGCAAGAUGCUUUUGUGGAUGCGAAAGAGAUCAUCCGCGUUUACUACGAACGUUGCCUAUCCCGUCCGUCUAUUUCCUUCGAAUGUGGGGUUCCAGUUCAGCAGAUCCUCAAAGAAGGUGGGCACGCUAGAGGAGUUCUUCUAGCAAAUGGCAAGGACAUACUUGCCGAUUUGACCCUGGUUGCCGCGGGCGCUUGGUCACCUAAGCUCAUUGACCUGGAGGGACUUGUUAGCUCAUCUGCUAUCGAGGUCGCCUGGCUUAAAUUAACUGAUAACGAAGUGAAGCAGUGGAGCAAAAUGUCUAUCACAACAAAUCUCAGCACUGGCUUCAAUAUCUUCCCUCCUUACAAGGGUGAGAUAAAAUGCCUCCGCCGUUCUGCUGGGUACAAAAAUACAGUUUCUAUUCCACAUCCAGAAAAUCCCUCGAAAAUAAUACAAACCUCUCUUCCUCGUACGAUAGUGACAAAUCCUACGGAUAUGAUUCCCGCUGAGGCUGAGGCUGCACUGCGUGAAAACUUACGAGAGAUUAUGCCUCAAUUGGCCGAUCGCAAGUUUGAUCGAACCAAACUCUGCUGGCUCUCUCAAACCCAGUCUGCGGACUUCAUCAUCGCUCCUCAUCCCUCUAUUCAAGACCUCCAUGUGGCCACAGGUGGUUCAGCGCAUGCCUGGAAGUUUCUCCCUAUUAUCGGUGGCUUUGUUUUGGAUUCCAUGAUGGGAAACCUCGAUCCGAAGCUAGCUGCCAAAUGGGCAUAUGCUCCCAAGGGAGCUGACGGUGGGAGUUCACCCAGAAUGGGUGGCAAUGCUCAGGAGCUUCGGGAAUUUGUUCGCAGCUCGCAAUUUGCUCGUAGCAUGCUCUGA